AUGGCCGCUCCCCGUGUUUUUGCUUCCCGCCUGGCUAGCCAGAUGGCCACCAAGGUUGCUCGUCCUGCCAUCCGGGCUCCCGUCGCUGCUGCUUCCAAGCGCACCAUCACUGGCUCUGCCAGCCCUCUCCAGACCCUGAGGCGUCAGCAGGCUACCACUCUGCUUCAGGCCACCGCCCGAAAUGCCUUCCAGGUCCAGCGCCGUGCAUACUCAUCCGAGAUCGCUCAGGCUAUGGUCGAGGUUUCCAAGAACUUGGGCAUGGGUUCCGCUGCCAUCGGUCUGACUGGUGCUGGUAUCGGUAUCGGUCUCGUCUUUGCCGCCCUGUUGAACGGUGUUGCCCGCAACCCUGCUCUCCGAGGCCAGCUCUUCUCUUACGCUAUUUUGGGUUUCGCCUUCGUCGAAGCCAUUGGUCUUUUCGAUCUCAUGGUUGCCCUCAUGGCCAAGUUUGUAUGUCUACAGCUUAACCUUUGA